CUCAUUUCAGUAUUACUGCUGCUACUGCUGCUGCCAGACUUGGCUAAUCAAUAAUGCGACGAUAGCAGGGCCGAGAGUAAGGUAAGUAAUCUUACUCACUUGAUAGCAAGACCAGACCAAUGAUACGGGUCCCCCAGCAACAAUGGGCGCAAAUAAUCCCAGACUGGAGUCCCGAGUACCUAGCCGGCGGAGUCGCAUCCCGACGUCAACCAGUCAGACAAAAAUGACGCUCUCCGAUGGAGCCCAUGGCUCCCCACGAGAGGAAAUCGGAUGAAACUCAAUCAGGGCUAGAUGCAUGGGAUUGGCGCACCGUAAAUAAGGAGGGUGGAGAGCAGCACACCUUCCACUCCCCUCCCCCGUCGUCACACGCUCACAGGAUGGGAUGGUUGGAAAAUGGUGGACGAUCGACUCCAGGUUGGCAUUAGUGCGAGAUUAGAGAGAGAGACUGAGCGAGAGAG